ACGCCAUAAGAAGGAGAGCGAGAGGAGAGAGAGUGAGGAGCUGAGAGGAAACAGUCGGACUCAGAUUACAAAGAACAGGCCUCCGGACGGUCCUCCAAAAGAUGUCGAACAAAAAGGAAUACAGUCCCGUGAAACUCAGCAAGAGUCAGGCCAACGAGCUCGCUGUGGUGAUCGCUCGUAUGCAGAGCAAUGCAGACCAGGUGGAGAAAGACAUCCUGAGAGCAGAGGAGCUGUUGGCUGAGGACUCAGAGCGAGAUGUGAAGAAGCAGACCCUGAUCCACCAGAAGGUGAACUCAGAAAGCCUGGCGCAGGCCGAGAAGCUGCUGAAGGAUCUCUUCAUGGACGUGGACAAGUCCAAGAGGCUGCACCACCCGCAGGCGGAGGAGAUCGAGAAGGACGUGAAAAAUCUGCACCAGCGCUGGGUGAACGACUGCGCCAUCUACAGGAAACUCUACGACCGCAAGCCAACCUUUGAGCCCACACAGAAGAUCAGCUGGGGUCCUCUGCUGGAUGAGAAACAGAAACAGUUGAAUGCAGAGCCGUACGGCCCCAAACUGUCCGACGUGGAGAAGCAGAUCGCAGCACACAACAUCCUGAACCGCUCCAUCGAGGACUACAGCUCCCAGCUGCAGCCCAGCACCACCUCCAAGGACCAGUACCCCGCUCUCAAGGAGAAAUACGCCAACCUUUACGAGAGCUCCCAGAAGAGGAAAAACCACCUGGCCUCUCUGUACGACUACAUGCAGAGCUGCAAUAAGGAGCUGGGCUACCUGUCGGGCCAGCAGGAUAGGAUCCUGAAGAGGGACUGGAGCGAUCGCAUGGUGGACCCCCGGGGCGUCCGCAUGGAGUACGAGAAAUUCAAAACAAACGGCCUGAUCGCUCACGAGAGCGAGGUCAACAAGCUGCAGAACGAAGGAGAAACUCUCAUUGGGAAAAAACAUCCGGGCAGCGCGGCAGUGAAGGCUCACAUGGAAACUGUACAAACAGAGUGGCAAGGUUUCCUCAACCUGUGUCUGGCUCAGGAGACUCACCUGGACAACAUCGACGACUACAAGAAGUUCCAGCUGGAUGCGGAGACGCUGUCCGACUCCCUGCAGAGACUCAACACCUCUCUGGACCCAAAGUCUCUGGCUAACAAGAGCAACGCCGAGGCCCUGAUCGUGAUAGAGGGAGACGAACCAGCAGUGAGGAGGAACGAGGAGCGCGUGGCCGCCCUCCAAGAGCUCAGCAGCACCGUCGCUCCUCUCAAGUCACGUCGAGUUCAGCCCACCAAACCCACGACGGUCGUGUCCCUGUGCGACUGGGAGGACGAGGAGGACACGGUGAGGCGUGGUGAUAUGCUCAAACUAAAGUCCAACUCUGAUAAUAACAACUGGGUGCUUCAGAACGCCAGUGGAGAGACAAAAACCCUCCCUGGGGCGUGUUUCAUGAUCCCGCCGCCGGAUGAUGAGGCCAUGGAGACGUUAAACAGUCUGGACAGAGCUCUGACGGGCCUGAAGAGUCGUAGAUCCGCCCUCUUAGCCUCCCUGAAGAACCCCACUGUGGAGGCGGUGCGGCCUCAGAAGGCAGCCACCGUACAAAGUGCUCCUGAGGAUCCCCGAGCUGCACAGCUGGCGAGUGAACUCGACCGGAUCAACAAAGCGCUGGAACGGACCAAAAAAGAAAUCCUGAAUCGACUUCGAUCUCCGCUGGACCAUGUUAACCCCACAGAGGACCUGGCAAAACGGCUGCAGGAGCACGAGAAAUCUGCUCUGACGGUGAGGAAGCUGGAGGCGGAGAAGUCUGCGGUCCAGAGAGAGAUGGAACCAAUCCUGGCAAAGAAACCGCUCGGACCGACCGCCUCCACCCUGCCCGUCAAACUCAGCACCACCAACAACAAGCUCGAUGACAUUACUCUUCUCAAUCUUUACAGCAAAAAAGCCACGGCCUCCAUGUACCUCGAGAAGCAGAUCAAGAACGUGGAUGGCAUCGUCUCUGGUUACGAGGAGCAGCUCACUAAAGAUGGCGCCAUCCUCAAUCAACCUAACGCCCUUCAGAGUCGCAACCAGCAGCUGCAGGCUGUACGUAAGGAUGUGGCUGCCAAGAAGGAUGUUCUGAAUAAAUUAGGUAAAGACCUCGACCUGACGCAACAAGCAUGCAGCUCCCUGCAGCAGAGCUUCAAAGAAUACUGUCCUGACAUCCAGCGGCAGGAGAACGAGGUGAAGCGACUGAAGAACCGCUACACGACGGUCAACAAUCAGCUCCAGGACAGAUCUGCUCUCCUAAAGGACGGGACCAAUAGAAACCAAGACUUCCAGAACGCCGUUCAUUCGCUGGAUUUCUUCCUGGUUAAUCUUCCCGACAAUAAAAUCAAAGCGAGUGAUGAUGUGGCACGGAUCACAGCCAAGCAGAACUCCCAGAAGCGAGUGAUGGAGGACAUCAAGAAGAAGUCGGAUGAUUUAAACCAAGUCAAGCUUCUUUCCCGUGACCUGCAGAACGUCCUCAACGAGUACGAUAUAAAGUCGAACACUUACCGCGGCACUCUGAGGAGCGGCGAUGACGGCGAUGAUGAUGACGAUGAAGACGACGAACCAGUCCCAAAGAAACUGCAAACUUUGACUAUGGCUCAAGCUGUGCAGAGAAAGGAGAAAGAUCUCCUGAACCUUUACGCCGAGGUCUCUGCAGAAAACAGCCAGCGUCUCAACCAGCUGGAGACGGCAAAAAGCAUCAAGGCCAGGAAUGACGAGAGAGUGAACCAGGUGGUCGUCAGUCAGCAGCUGCAGAUGCAGAGCCAGAAGAAGGACCUGGAGGCGAGUGAUAGCCUGAAAAACGAAUUAGCCGAGGAGGUUGCCAGACGCUUACUUGCAGAAAAAAACCUGCAAACAUACCGUGCAAGGUUUGUGUCUCUGAAGAGCAGGAGAGGGGUGGAGAGGUUUCAGGAAAAGGAGGUGGUGGAGUACUACCGAGAACCCAAACUCGAGGUGGAACUGGAGUCUCUGAGGAAAAGAAUCCAGGAGGAAUCAUUUAAGAGAUCACGCACCCACUCGGAGAUAGAGAUCUUCAACGAGAGGAUUAUCAAACUGGAGCUGCAGCUGACCAAAGUCGUACCCAAACUAGUGAACAAGGUGGUGACUGAAUACGAGAGAGACCCGCAGCUCGACAAAGAAGCCGCAAAGAUGAGAGAAGAGAUGCAGAGGCUACGGCUCGAGCUCCAGACGAGGGAUACCGAGACGGUCCAUGUGAAAACUCAGCUCACCGUUCUGUCUCAGCAGAAACAAAAAGUCAGGGAGACAGUGGUGAAGAAAGAAGUGGUGAGGCUGGAAAAGGAUCCACAGAUGCUGAAAGCCGUUCUGACCUUCAAGAGCGAGAUCUCCGAGUCUGAAUCUCGAGGGAAGGAGCUCAACGAUAACAUCUUUAGAAUAAGGAGCCAGAUAAACACGCUGGAGAGGGUCAUUCCUACCAUCCAGCCCAAGAUAGUCAGCAAGGUGGUGAAGCAGGUUCAACAAGAUCCAGAAACCGUGGAGGAGUCGAAGAAGCUGCGCAUCGCCGUGGAAGAGGAGAGAGAGGAGAACGCCAUCUUGCUGAGGGAUCUGACCACGCUUCAGCUGCGCUACAGUGAAGUGGAGAAGCUCCGGUCUAAAGUCGAGGUGAAGGAGGUGAUCAAUGAGAUCUUCAGAGUGGAUCCUGAUACAGAAGUCCAGCUGGUGCGUCUGAAGAAAGAGCUGCAGGACACCAAUCGUAACCGCACGGACCUGGAGAGGGAAAUCACCUCUUUGAUGACGACUCUGACCGCCCAGCGCAGCCAGAAACCCAAAGUGGAGUUCAAGGAGGUGACCCAGGAGGUGAUCAUCGAGGAGAAGAGCCCCGAGGUCAUCAGGGAGUUGCAACGGCUGAACAACCAAGUGUCCCGCGUUCAACUGAACUGCGAGACCACCCUGGAGCUGCUGAUCCACCUGCGCAAAGAGAGGGACGACUUGAAGGCGGAGAAAUCAAAGGUGGAGACGAAGCUGGUCAACAAAGAGCUCAUCAAAUAUGAGAACGAUCCUCUCAUUGAGAAGGAGGCGGACAGACUCCGGAGGAAUCUCAGAGAGGAGAUUCAGCAGCGCCGCAGUAUGGAGGAGAUCCUCUUUGACCUUCAGAACCAGUACAUCCUCCUGGAGAGGCAGAAACCGGAGGAGAAGAUCGUGACGCAGGAGAUGGUGCGUCUUCAGAAGGACCCCAAGCAGAUCCUGGAACAUGAGAAGUUGAACAAGUCCCUGGACGAGGAAAUGAAGAACCGCAGAAAGCUGGAGUUAGAGGUCAGACAGCUCAGAUCCCUGGUUCAAGACAAACAGAGCACCCUGUCUCAGAUGGAUGACCGCCACAAGAAGAUUCAGGUAGAGUCCGAGCUCAGGCAGAUCAAAGCUCGCAUCCUCGAAUUAGAAAACUUUCCGGCGCCCGUCGAGGAAAAGAUUGUCAUCGAGGAGGUCCUCAAAGUGGAGAGAGAUCCCUAUCUGGAAAAACUUGCCGAUGAAUUACGCAUCACUUUGGAGACUGAAAGCACCAAUAUUAGUCGUCUGGAGAGAGAAAUCCGAAACCUGAGGCACCAGUUGGUCAUUCUGCAGAAGGAGAAGUCACUGGAGAAAGUUGUUUACAGGGAAGUUGUCCGCGUAGAGAAGGACCCAGGAGUCGAGGCCGAGAGGGAACAUCUGAGAGAGCUGGUGACGCAGGAGAGAAAUCUCAGACGGAACCUGGAGGACAACGUGCAGAACCUUAACAUCAAACUGACCCAUCUGCAGUCGUCGAAGUCUCUGACUUCACACGAGGAGACAGCGCGCAGCGGCAACAGAGACGCUCUGAAGAGGGAGAAGGAAGAUCUCCUCAAACAGCUCAAAAUGCUAGAGUCCGAACGACACAGCAUCAGCAUUACCUUCCAGCAACAGUCCAAGCUGUUGAGCGAGAGGAACCAGAUGGCGCGACAGAGGACUCUGAAGUCCUCCUCGGAAGUUCAACGUCUGGAGACAGAAAUCCUCAAUGAGAAAGACAGAAUCAACCAGAAAGAGGCCCUCUUAUUUGAGCUGCAGAACAGCAUCAAGACAGAAGAGCAGACAGAGACUCACACCAGAGAGACCAACCUGUCCACCAAGAUCACCAUCAUGGACCCAGAAACUGGUAAAGACAUGUGUCCCUAUGACGCCUACGUGGCGGGGCUGAUUGAUCGCAACCAGUACAUCCACCUGUCAGAGCUGGAGUGUGACUGGGAGGAGAUCACCUCAAUGGGCAAAGAUGGGGACACGACGAUUCUGCAGGAUCGUAAGAGUGGGAGGCAGUACCCUGUGAAGGAUGCUCUGAGGGAAGGUCGACUGACUCAGUAUGAUUUGAUGCGCUACAAGGAAGGGAAAAUGCCCAUUUCUGAGUUCGCCCUGCUUGUUGUCGGAGAAUCCAAAAAGCCUUUUCUUCCACCGAUAACGACACCAAGAUCCCCCACCAGAGCCGCCCCGCCCUCUCCUCUGAACACCAUGCCGACCUCCCUGCACUCCUCCCUCACCAGCCUCAACUCCAACAUGAACACCAUGCAGACCUCCCUGCGCUCCUCCCUCACCAGCCUCAACUCCAACAUGAACACCAUGCCGACCUCCCUGCGCUCCUCCCUCCCCAGCCUCAACUCCAACAUGAACUCCACCCUGAACUCGGACCACAGCGGCAGCGCCAAAGACCUCACUGCCGCGGCGGGAGACGAGAACUUUCCCAUCUCUGGUGUUUAUGACACCACCACUAACAGCCGCAUGUCCGUAAGAAGCGCCCUGACCCGCCAGCUCAUCGACGCUGACACGGCUCUGAAGCUGCUGGAGGCACAGGCGGCCUCCGGUGGAAUCGUCGAUCUCAACAAAAAGGACAAACUCUCCGUCCACAAGGCGGCUCAGCAAGGCCUCAUCGACCAGGGUCAAAUGUACAAGCUCCUGAACGCUCAGAAAGCUUUCACUGGAGUCGAAGAUCCCACGACCAAAGCACGUCUACCAGUGGGACCCGCAGCCCAGAAAGGUUAUAUCCCUGCAGAGAACGCAAGAAGGUACAUGGAGGCUCAGUACCUGACCGGCGGGCUGGUGGAUCCCUCUAAAGCGGGCCGCCUCACCUUGCAAGAAGCUCUCGACGACAAUAUGAUCGACAGCAAAACUAGCAAAGAGCUGCAGGACGAGGCUUCCUACAACAAAGAGCUGGUCGACCCGAUCAGUAAGGAGAAGAUCUCAUACAAGCAGGCGAUGGAUCGGUGUACGAAAGACUUCAGCACGGGGCUCCUGCUGCUUCCUGUUGCCUCCAGCGAGGCUUUAAACACCCCGUCAUACUCAAACUAUCGCUUCAACUCGCCCUACAGGAUGUAGACAGAAAUGGACGACGAUUUAUUUGGUGCGGCAACUGAUGCUUCAGAUUUUAUAAUAAUGCUAACUGAAACAUGUUGAGGUGCAGAUUCAGAAAUUCAUGUUUCUUCUUUUUUGGUGAAACUGAACAUGUGAAGCUUUUUACUUUGGGGGUCUUCUGUAAAAAUGAGGGUCAUGUUUGUGUUUUAUGGUUUACUUUUGUGUCAAGCGUAAUACUUCACACAUUCUUAUUAAACUACGAGCUUGAUAUGAGAA